AUGACUCUUCCAGAGAACCACGAUGAGCCACCGAAAGUCAACCCAACCCUGCAGAUUCUUUCGGACGAGUCGUGGAUGUCGAGAAGGCACCGUGGCGGUCGUCCCACAAGAGGUGGUCCCAGUACACGUGGAUCCAAUAGACCAUCAGCGAGAUCCUCUCGCCCUCCCCCUGGCGGGGUGUGCAGGUUCUUUUGGGGAACUGGCCGAUGCAGGCUUGGUUUCGAAUGUCAAUACAAACAUAUCGCCAGCGACCCCGGGCUGCCAUCCAACGUUCAACCAACCAAUGGAGCCUCAUCGAUGCCAGCGCUCCUGGAGGGCGGUUACUCAAAGAUCGGGAACCUUGGGAGCGAUGCCUUCCAAUCCCCUCCCUCUGUGGUCAUGCAAUCCAACGAGGCCCAUAAUGCUUUGAAAAGAUUCCUCCGCGAUGGAUAUCGAUUCUCAUCGACAAGUGACGUGUACGCGUUCCUUGCGCCCCUCGAAAGUGCGAGUGGAUGGGGCAACGGUCUGUCCAGAAUCACGGAUGUCUUGCUGUGGUCGGAUGUCGAGUUCAACGCUGGUACGGAUCGGACCACCCUUUCUUUCCAACGAGGGUACUUCCCUGUAAUCCGCUUUCUUGCCUCUGGCUUCAUCGUCAAAAGCACUAUGACAAAAUGUGCAAACACACUCUAUCAAACAUUCCUGGAUAACUUCGACUUCAUCAAGCUCCACUUAGAAGCGGCCAUCGAUGACAUGGUGAAUUCAUGCAGCUUCAAGGACCCAAAUGCGGAGCAAGAACGGGCUUUGUCCGGCGCAGAAUUAUUUUCUUGUCUUGCGACUGUUCUUUUCGAGUGCAUGUCCCGAUUCAAAACUGCCAUCAUCGAUUGCCGCGUGCUCGUCGAGAUCAUCGACAAGCUGAGAUUGUGGUCAUCCGACUGGAUCCAAGGCAUGACCUCUGUUCCGCCAGUGUUUCAGGACAUUUUGUGCGACAAUCCCGACGCGAAGCGAGUCGUUGUAUCACACAUCGAGAAGCAAAUCAAUCGUCUUCUUGCUAUCGCGGAAAGGGAAAUGGCAAAGGUGGAUCGUGUUCAUGAGAAGCAUGUCCCUUCAGCGCUUCUGGGAAGCCGCCAGCGAGGGACCAGGCGAGUUAAGAAAGGACCGCGCCACGAUAACGACUUCGCGGACAUUGAUGAUAUCCGCAUCGCUCCGACACAUGAGGAACUGGCUUGCAAGAUACCACCGUACCUUCCUAUCAAUGUAUACGACGCGCCACAUCACCAUCCUCAAGAGAGUAUGGAGCGUCUUCAGGACACACAAUUCCGUUUGCUUCGCGAAGAACUAACGGCCCCACUGAGAACUAGCAUCCAAUGUGUUCUCGACGACCUUCACAACACAAAGACCAAAACUACGCUGUCCGACUUGCGCAAGCGAAACGGCGGCAGGUACAAAGGACUUACUGAAAAUGGCCAGGACAGCGUACUGUUCAACCUCUACACAAACGUCAAAUUCGAGGAAGUGGUUCCUGAUCGACGCGGCCUCUCUGUCAAGAUAUCCUUCGAUACACCCCCGGGUCGGGCAAGGUCACAACGUCCAAAUGCACGGGCUCAGUUUUGGGAAAGUUCGAGCGGAAAGCGCCUCAUGCAAGGAGGCCUCAUUGGCCUCGUCUGGCGGGAACGCGGACAGAUAACCGUCCAUCUGGGGAUCAUUGCAUCCCCGGCCAAGGAGAUUGCCGAAUUCGUUAGGAAUAACCCCGACCGAGUUGCCAUCCGGGUAGCCUUCUUCGACUCAUCCCUCGAUGUUCGCGCACUCGAUGCACUGAAAUUCGGGGGAAAGAAGAGCACUGGAGACAUGUUGUUGGUGGAGUCCCCGGUCAUGUUCGAGGCAGUUCGACCUUUCCUCGAAGCCCUCCGAGUGGAGCCGGAGUCCAUUCCCUUCAAAGAAUACCUUGUUCAUCGGCCAAGAUCUUUCCUUGGCAAAUGCGAAGUUCCCCCUCCGAAAUACGCACGCAUGCCCGGGUUCCACUACCAACUAGCCCCAUUGUUCCCAGAGUCCUCUGGAGUGACCGAUCUUAAAUUAUUCCCAACUAAGCAAGACUCCAUCAGCGAGGCUCGUACGGCGUUAGACAACAGCCGUCUGGAUCCCAGUCAAGCAACGGCCGUGGUCGACGCUUUGACUCGUGAAAUUUCCCUAAUUCAGGGGCCUCCUGGGACCGGGAAGUCAUUUGUCGGGAUCGAACUACUGAGGGUUCUUGUCAAAACCGCGACUCCCAUUUUGAUGAUCGCGUUCACCAAUCACGCCCUUGACCAUCUUCUCAGCGGCGUCCUGGAUGCGGGAAUCACCAGCAACAUCGUCAGAUUAGGCUCGAGGUCUGCCGACGAACGCGUAUCCUCCUAUUCCAUCGAGCAGCUCGAGCACUCAAACGACAGGUCUAGCCUUUUGGGAUCUAUUACUUCAAGGAAUUUUCGAAACCUCAAGGAUGUCGAGCGUCAAUUCGAGCAGCUGUUGGCCAAAAUCAAAAGACCGUAUACCAGCUCCCAGGACGUGACGAAUUUCCUCCUCGACAAAUUCCCGGAACAUGGCAAAAGUAUCCGAGACCCUCCUGCUUGGAUUCGCGAGCUCCAUCGACAGUUGCAAAUAGCGUACCAAGAUCGAUGGACCGAAGUCAACAGAAACCAGGGACGCAAUGACCCUCGGGAUGACUCGCUCUACAGCUUCUGGUCAAGACAUGAAGACAUAGCAUUUCUUUCGACUCCAACGUACGAAGAGCUCGACCCACCGCGGGAGAGUCACUCUGAGGUCCAAUCCACCAACAUGUUCGACCUCCUCGAGCAAGUGGGGUCAUUCGAUGACGAAGACGACGAGGUAUGUCCUGUCGGGGACCUUCCUGAAUGGCAAAAAAGCUUCUUUGCCUCCGGCGCUGAGGUCGAAUCGACGUCCAAUCCUUCAAUGAACUCCGACCAAGCAGACCGCUCUGGAGACCAGGGACUUGCACGUUCACCGGACCCACCCGUUGAACCUCCACGCCGUUCGAACCUGGACGUAUUCUUUGAGGCAUUUGACCAGCCAGUACCUUCGAUUCCCUCUCUCGAUCGACCCUUGGAAAAUCUCUUGGAGGAUUGGAAUCUUUGGCGGAUGUCGCGCACUGAACGGGCAACCCUGGAUGGUUAUUGGAAGCAAGAGAUUCGCCGAUCCAAGGAACAACUCUACGCAUCCGAGUUCGACCGUCUGAAGCAAGAUCAUGACACGGUUUUGAGGGCCUACAACGAAGGGAAAGAAGAGGUCCGACGACAGCUACUUGAAGGGGUGGAUAUAGUUGGAUGUACGACCACAGUACUAGGCGCUGCUAAAUUGACGUCGCUGUUGAGAGGUGUAGGCCCGCGCAUCAUGCUCGUUGAAGAAGCAGGUCAGGUUCUUGAGGCCCACAUAUUAGGCAGCCUGGUACCUUCAAUCGAACACAUGAUUCUGAUAGGUGACCCUUUGCAAUUACGACCAACCUUGAAUAACUAUUUUCGACAUGUCGCUCAUGGAGCGAUUAUCAUCCUCGGGAUUCCCCAUGUCUCAAAUCGACGUGCAGAGAAGGAUGCGGCCGACCAUCUCGAACCUCAUAAGGUCAAAAUGAUUCGAGAUCUCGUUCUCUAUCUCCUGAAGCAAGGAUGUUACUCGAAAGAAGGUGACAUUGUCGUUCUCUGUGCCUACCUCGGACAGCUGGCCAAGGUUAGAGAUGCGCUGCAAGAUGUUGUCGCAGUCGUCAUCGACGAGCGUGAUCAAGAUGAAUUGGCUUCCCGAGAAGAUGGAAAUGAAAACGACGAUCCGACGCCGUCCGUCGAACAGUUCAGGGUCUCUAAGAGGGUUCGGUUGCGUACAGUCGACAAUUACCAGGGAGAGGAGGCUAAGAUUGUGAUUCUCUCCCUUGUUCGUAACGCAACAUCCCGGUGGGACGCCGAGAACCAGAACCGCUCCACUAUUGGCUUUCUUAAAUGGCUCUCUCUCGCGCCAAAGAGGGUCUGUUUAUUCUUGGCAAUCGCGCACUACUGGCCUCAAAAAGUCGUGGUUGUCUUCAACCGUGCGGCGACGCUCUUGGCUGCGGACACCAAUGUCCCUUGA